AUGUGUCUUAUCGAUCCUGGAUGUUUACGGAAGCAAGCAUCCGCGCCAAGGCAGGCUAUGCCCAACCGGCCACCGCAGCGGCCCUCGCACGAUUUAUUGAGUGCAGAGCAUACGCCAACUAUCGACGGACGGACCAUCAUGCAGCCCUAUCCAACGAGUCCAUUGAGUAACUCCUCUGCCCAGGAGGGAAACGGGCCUGCGGCUCAAUCAGCACUUCCAUCCGGUGCAGAACCCGAAGCCUCCUUGCGCGACGCCAACUCUGGCAGGCUCUCUGCUGUGCGCAAGUCUCGCGUAGCCUUGGCUUGCAAGAGAUGUAAACGAAGAAAGCAGCGAUCUUGUGAGAGAGCUAGUGUGCCAUGUGCAUAUGAGAGAACAGUGCGGCCACAGUACCCCGGUGGCAAGUCUUUAUACAUCUCUGCUCUAGAGGAACGUGUGGCUUUCCUUGAGGCUCGUCUUCCCGACCACGCCGAGGAUCACUACGACCCCAGCUUGGAAAAUCCUACCAGUUCUCCAUCAAAAGAUGCUGGAGAUCUAUCAAUGCUGGAUGAGCAACUGAAUCUUUCAGGCCAUUCUCACAGAACCUCGAUAUCCGAGGACCAGGACGUCGAUGAUAGGACAUCACUCAUAGAUGGCGUGGCGUACUUGUCGCUGUGUGCGUCUGGUACAACAGGCGGCAAGCACGAGCCUUAUUAUGUUGGUUCCAGCUCAGGAGCUACGAUUGCACGUGUAUUACAAUCAUCAAUCUUUCGAAGCGCAGGCGGUCGAGCGAUCGGCCAGCCCGCACUUGCCGACGAUUGCCAAUCUUCGGAGACCUCGAGACCUUCUUUGUCUGCUCAGUCAGAAGAGCCUGUAUACGAGUUUCCGGACUGGGAACAGUCGCGCAUGUUAUUCGAUGUUUUCUUCGAGCGCAUACACACGCGCUGGCCAUUGCUAGACCGUGUGAUUUAUACGAAGGUGUUCGAGAAGCAGUACGGCCAAGGGUCUUUGACCAUCACUGAGCGUAGCAUCUUGCACCUCAUUUACGCGAUUACAGCCCGUUUUCUUUCUUUGACCAGAAAACCAUGUGGCGUUGACUACGAGUUCUUCUCGGUGUGCAUGGCCAAAGGUCUCCCUAUGGCGCAGGAGCCUGGUCUCAAGUCCGAUAUGCGACGUCAGAAGAGGAGCACAGUUGCCUCGUCUGAGCAGAGGAGAGACGCAGAAAUACGUCGCCGGGUCUUCUGGUCUUGCUACUGUUUGGAUCGAAUGACCAGCAUCGUGCUCGGCCGGGCAUUUGCAAUCGCAGAUCGCGACAUAAAUGUCGAACUUCCAAGUACGAAUUCAGAAUUCUGGAGCCUGACACACCAGGAAGCUUCACAGCCAAAUGAGGAGCACUGGUCCAACAUCCAACCUUUUAUCCACAUCAUCAAGCUCGAUCGAAUCCAGUCUCGUAUUCAUAAAGCGGUUUUCCGCAUCGACAGAGACGUCUUCAAUAGUUCGCCGGAGCAACGAGCUAAGCUGGAUCGGAAAAUGGCCAAAAUAAGGCAAGAUCUUGACAACUGGGUACAAACCGCCCCUAAGACACCGAAGAAAGAAAACAAGAUCACAUGGAUGUAUGAUCCGGAGAGUGCAUAUCUUGAUGCCCGGGACUUCUAUGGCGUACAAUAUCACAAAGCCGUACUUUUCCUCUAUACGGUCUUUCUCCCUACUCUCGAUACUUCGGAUCCCCGGUUUAUCACUUGCACGCGCUCGGCGGCUUGUGCUUGCAACGCGUACAAGAGACUAAGCCAGAACGGAACUCUGACAUAUACCAUGAUAUCCCUGCACUCGUGCUUCGUGGCAGGGCUAACAUUAGUGUAUUGCAUUUGGCGCGACCGUUCGCUGUUCUCAUACGAUGCGCUUGAAGCAACUCGCGCCUGCUCGCAAAUCAUGACCAUCUUUGGCGAGAAGUGGCCAGGAGCCAUCAAGUAUCGUGACAUUUUCGAUGCCCUGUCAGGGAGUUUGUUCAAGCUCACGAUACAAUCUGCCUCGACAACAUCGCUCUCCGGCGCUGCUCGUCCGCUGCAGCUUGAUAUGGACCAGGAACCUAUCAGUGCCGGCUUGCCUCCGCACGACCAAGCCUCACCGAAGACGACAGGGAUCGGCAAGCACACCAUGUCUCAUAUGGUGACUGAUGCGGUCAAAGAUGCAUUCAUGGAGGUGGACGAGGAAGCGCCUGGCGGGUGGCAGGGCUGGAGGAUGUGGAACGACAUGGUUAGAGACGACAACACUCCUGUUCCUAGUCAUGGCAUUAGGUUCGACAGCAUGAACAACUCCCAGCAUGAGAUGAGCUGGAGUGCUUACGAAAAUGCGGGCAUGUAUGGCGUGGACCCAAUACAAGAUGCAGCAAUACACAUGGAGAGCCAAGCCGCUCGAUAG